AUGAUUAAGGUGGCACGAAGAUCAGAAACAAUACUACAAGAAUGGGAGGAGAAUUUUCUAGUAUCUGCCGUGAUUCAAAACAUCCGAAAAAUAGAUAACAAUCCUCCGAAAGCUGCAAAUAAAACUUUGUUGGACGUACUAGAUGUGCGAACUCCACCGAAAAUAAAGCUCCAACAAGAUAAAAAGAAAUAUGAACAAUCACAUCCCGGCGUAGCGAUUCCCAUAGAUGAAGAUUCGAUAGAUUUGAAUGAUCCAGUAACCAAAAAGUUCAAUUUUUAUAAACUAGAUAGACCAACAACGGAUUCAACUAUCUCAACAUGGAUCUUGCUGAGUGGUCAAUCAGCUUCAACAACAAAAUAUUCAACUCCCAGUACCACAAAUCGUCCAUCUGAUAUAAUUGUUCCUAUUUACAGUCGAACUAAAAAGCCAGUCGAAGUGAAAGCACCAAGUAUCAUCAACGAGAGAGUUAAAUUCACAGAAAUAAAUAAUAUACCAUCGAAAAAGAAACUUACAUAUACAACAACAACUGAAGCUACGAAUUCUAAAAGCUCAACUAGUAAAACAACGAUAAUCAAGGAUAAAAACAAAAAUAUUAGCUCCACAACAGAAUCUCUUAGUUCACGACCUCCAGCGACGAUUAAUAAAACUAUUAACCAUAAGAAGAAGAUAACUGUAUUACCUACAUCCUCAACUGAAUAUUUGAAGAAAAAUACAGAAGAUUCCACGGUUGUUCCAAUAUUAAACAACAAUAACAUAACAAACGUUAAUAACACGAUAGUGACGAAUUCAAGUACGAUAACCUUAGAAUCCAAAGAUGGUUCGAUAGUACUAAAUAACGAUAAGAAGAAAAAAGCGUCCAAUAAGAAGAAGAAAAAUAAGAGACGCAAGAGACCAGCUAAUAAAGCAAAUACUAAUAUUGAAACUGUUAACAAAAUUAAGAAAAAAACAGAUGCUAUAAGUUCGCAGAUAUACAGCUACUUAUCGAGAGAAAUAGUACCAACUCUAGGCGUCGGACUGGUUGGAUUGAUGGUAACAGCUGGAUUAGCUGGUUAUUUCUUAUAUCCGUUCGGGGCUGCCAGAAGAAAUAUCAACGUCGACAGAAAUGAUAAAGAAAAUUAUUACUACAAAGAUGAAUAUUCGGGAGGUAUACUAGAAGAAGACGCUAUAGGUCAAGUUAUAGCAGGUAUGCCUACUAAUUCUUUAUAUCCUUCAAAAUCCUCAUCAACUAAGAAUCCGUAUAUGAAUAAAAUAUAUAGAUCCAAUCAUCAAUCAUCAAUACAACAUUCUAAGUCAUCUGAAAAUGUCGCGGCUUUAUUCGAAAGAAACGAUAACAAGAAUAAUAUAGAAAUAAACGAAAAUAAACAUACCAAUAAAAUGGAUAACACAAGAUUUGUCGUUGGUAGUGUACAAAAAGAGGUAAUUGAAGAAGUGACACCUGCGGCAGUGCCAGAACACGGACCGAGAAGUUUCAGAUCCGGAAUAGAUUUCAAAAAUAUCUUAGGCAUUAUGAACUGA